AUGGAUCGUCUUAAAAGAUACCAAGAAACUGAUGAAAAUGAUGACACAGUGCGAAUACUCCAAGCUUUUCUCUUGCACCUACCACUAGAAGGAAAGCGCAAUCUAGAACGAGACAUCCGAAAAUUCGAACUCGAUUCUGAUGUCAAGAAACAUAUGAUGUCAUUAGUCUUCCACUUGCUUCUGCCAAUGAGAUCGCGCAAAACUCCGGUCACAACACCACUUUCGCCUUGCCCCGAUGUGCAAGCAGAUGUCGAAGAGCAAUACUCCGAACUAAUCCAAGCACAAAAACGCCUAAAGGUCUUGAAACAAGAGUGUCUCCUUCGAGAUGGAAAUGCGUGCACAAUCAGCCAAGUACGUGAUCGUGAAACAGUUUCGGCUGAUGAAAACAUAAAAUUCCGCUGCCUCACUCAAUGCGCCCAUAUCCUCAGGUUCUCGUUAUCAACAUGGAAUUCUGAUGCAUGGGCCAGGGAGCGAUCCGUAGUUUGGGUCGCCCUUCAGCGCUGCUUCCCAGCACUCGACUCACUGGCAGUUCGAUUUAGGCAUUCAGACAUAAAUGACCAUCGCAAUAACGUUACGAUGGAAACAAUGCUUCAUGUAAUGUUUGGCGAGUUUAGCUUUUCUUUGAUGCCUAUUGAUGGCCGUGUUGACGAGUACUCCAUAAAGCGUUGGGGGGAACCGAACACACUCGAUUAUUAUCUUUCAACAGACAUCACAACGGUGAAGUUCAAUAAUCACGGAACCCGAUUUGACUUACCAUCUCCCGAUCUUCUUAAAGUCCACCCCAUCGUCGCAGAGAUAUUUCAUGCAUCCGGACGAGCAGACUUUAUCACCAACAUUCUUCGAGAUAUGGACGACGAGGGUAUCUUCGCGGAGAAUGUAUCCUCAGACUUGUCGGAAAUGCUCUGGGCUUCUGAUCUUGCAUACUUGGGUGAGGGCGAUUACACCUGCGUUUUUGUCCCUGUCUAA